CGAGGGCCGUGGGAUUAGCCCCGCACGGCGGGCAGCGCUCUCGCUGCCAAGCCUCGCCUGGGAAGGAGCCCGUGCGCUGUGAAUGCACCGGGACGAGUCGAUCCACGCUGGGGUGAAGGCUCUGCUGAAGGGUGUCUUGCCUGCCCACGCCGUGUAAAACAAACUGCUCCCUGUCUGGGCUCAUCCCGCUGGGCAGCACGGGAGGGGGUGCAGAAAUGACCGGCGGGAAGGCAGGCGUGCUUUGGAGAGCUGCUGUGAAAUAACAUAAGGUCAAUUGUAAGAAGCCAAGCACCCUUUCUCCCCUCCCCUCUGAUCGGAUUCCUUUUAAAGUGAAGUUUGCUCAAUCUCUGAGGACCAGAUCUCACUGAUGACUGGGAAGCAAAGAGUACCGAGGGAAGCACUUUUACCACGAACUCCACCUCAGGAGCACCAGGAACUGACUUUCUAAAUAAAAUCUGUGCCCCUUCUGUGCAGACCCAAUGUCUGCUGCAAUGGAUACAGAAUCAACAUAUUCGGGAUACUCCCACUACUCAGGUCACUCCAAAAAAGCUCACAGACAAGGGAGUCGGGACAGACACAAAUCGCCACGAAGCAAAGAUGGCAGUCGAUCUGAGAAGUCCGUCACUAUCCAGACACCUCCUGCAGAGCCGCUCCUUGGGAAUGAUGCCUCUCGGGCAGAGGAGGGCCAGGAUGACAACUGGGGUGAGACCACGACAGCAAUCACAGGCACCUCUGAGCACAGUAUUUCCCAAGAGGACAUUGCCCGGAUCAGUAAGGAUCUGGAAGACAGCGUUGGGUUGGACUGCAAACGUUACCUGGGCUUAACAGUGGCAGCUGUUCUCGGACUCCUAGUCUUCCUUACCCCCAUUGCCUUCAUUCUGUUACCCCAGAUCCUGUGGCGAGAUGAUCUGGAGCCGUGUGGUACUGUCUGUGAGGGACUGUUCAUCUCUGUGGCAUUUAAACUCCUCAUUCUUCUGAUUGGGACCUGGGCUCUUUUUUUUCGCCAACCCAAGGCAGAUCUACCAAGGGUGUUCGUGUUUCGGGCCCUUCUGCUGGUCCUCAUAUUCCUCUUUGUGUUUUCCUACUGGCUCUUUUACGGCGUUCGCAUCUUGGACUCGAAGGACACCAACUACCAAGGAAUUGUGCAGUACGCAGUGUCUUUGGUGGAUGCUCUGCUCUUCAUUCACUACCUGGCCAUUGUGCUGCUGGAGCUGCGGCAGCUGCAGCCCAUGUUCACUGUCAAGGUGGUUCGGUCAACGGACGGAGAGUCGCGAUACUACAGCCUGGGACACCUGAGCAUCCAACGAGCUGCACUGGUGGUUCUGGAAAAUUACUACAGAGAUUUCACAGUCUACAACCCAGCCUUGUUAACAGCCUCCAAAUCGCGAGCAGCCAAGCACAUGGCUGGCCUGAAAGUCUACAAUGUUGAUGGCCCAGGUAACAACGCGUCGGGGCAGUCCCGUGCCAUGAUCGCAGCCGCGGCCCGUCGCAGGGACUCCAGUCACAACGAGCUCUACUACGAGGAGGCCGACCACGAGCGCCGAGUGAAGAAGCGCCGUGCCAGGCUUGUGGUUGCAGUAGAGGAGGCUUUCACUCACAUCAAACGCCUCCAGGCAGAGGAACAGCAGAAAGCUCCAGGAGAAAUGAUGGACCCCCGAGAAGCAGCCCAGGCAAUCUUCCCCUCCAUGGCAAGGGCUCUGCAGAAGUACCUUCGCACCACCCGCCAGCAACAGUAUCACAGCAUGGAGAGCAUCUUACAACACUUGUCCUUCUGCAUCACCAACAACAUGACACCAAAGGCAUUCCUGGAGCGUUACCUCAACCCGGGCCCAACCCUCCAGUAUGACAGGGAUCGCUGGUUCUCCAAGCAGUGGACGCUCGUCAGCGAGGAAGCGGUCACAAGCGGGUUACAAGACGGCAUCGUGUUUGUCCUCAAGUGCUUGGACUUCAGCCUUGUUGUUAAUGUGAAAAAAAUCCCCUUCAUCAAACUCUCAGAAGAGUUCAUAGACCCUAAAUCUCAUAAAUUUGUCCUCCGCUUACAGUCUGAGACUUCAGUCUAAGGGAUUUUGAGGGUGGGUUGUUUGGAGAUUUUUUUUUUCAAUAUUGUGCUUUUGGGUUUAAUUUCCCCAAUGCUGACUGAAACUGGCAGAUGAUGGACCAGUAAUAUUUGACCAUCUGCACUUUAUUUGGAAAGGGGAGGGGGGAGUUGGGAUAUCUUAUCUAGAAAGAAGUAUCUUAAGAGGCAACAGGGUGACUUGGCUCAGUUAGCUCAGUCUUGGAGACAGAACAGAUUUUUUUUCUUUUCCCCCCUCUUUCCAGGCAUACUGUAAAUCUCACGCUCUCUCUUUUUCUGCACAAUUGCAACGUCAGUAUUUUUGUUGGAGUGCUGCCUUAUGCCAUGUGCACGCCUGCUCUGUUGUGUCUCUUUUUUUGCUACCUGUGGCUGUUCCUGAGAGGGUGUUGCUCCCUCUCCGUUAUAGAAACCUGCUGGCACAGGGGUGCAGCAGCCCCUGUUCACUCGGGGAGGAGGGAAUAUCAAAGGGCAGGUGUGUGAGAGUACUUCUAUUCUCUUUUAUUCUUUUUCUCUUCUCCAUGUGCCUCUUCUGUCAGUGCCAGACCUGUGUGAACGUAGUGGGGUGGUUUCACUCCCUGUGAAAUUUCUUGUCUUGAACUGGAUCAGCCCAUCUUUCAGCUUUUUGAAUUUUUAUUACUUUUUUUUAUUAGUGCUUGUUAGUGAAAUUGUUUUGUGUGGCACAGCUCCCUGUUUUCUCUCACCUGCUUCCCUCUCUUCUGCUUGUCCACAUCUUUGUCGGGCACUCCCAGGGCUCCCUGUUUCUGUCCCCUUCUGUCUGGCUUUCUGAAUGUGUUUCUCCAAGCACUGCCACUUCCUUUUGCACCUGCAAGGGCGUAUUUGCACUGGGACAGGGUCAGUGAAUAGCUGGCUCCUCCUCAGAUAAAUCACAGACCCUCCCUAUAUCUGACAGCCUCUUUGAGGAGAAGGGGGUGCAGGCAGGAAUGUGCCCUUCCCUCUCAAGCCAGUUUCAAGUGUGUCUGGAGAAAAGACCAGCAAAAGCAUUUCCCUCCUUAAGGAGAAGAGCCAGGGAUGGGCUGACCCCUGCCAUGUUCACUUGCUUUGGAAAAUUGUUGUGCUCUGGAAACACUGCAGUGAGCCCUUCCCCACCUUACACCUUCAGCUGUAGCUAAGAAAUACCAAACAAUGUUCUGAAUGUUGAAAAUCUGCCUGCCUUUCUUGGCCUUGCUAUGCUGUGGGAGUUUCUGCUCAGUGCUGGGAUCUGCUCCUGAGAGAGUUUUGUUUGUAAGGCUGCCUUUGGCCACCAGUGCAGCUUUCAUGUGUGAAUUCAGUGUCACCUGAGUUUUAUGGGAUUCUAGAAAGUUUGUUUUUAACAAUGACCUAAAUCGGUGUCUGAAGUCUGAUUGCCAGCAUGGGGGCAUCGCAUCCGUGUUCAGGUAACGCAGCUGCUAGGCUGGCAGUGACCUGCCUUCAGUCAGGUACCCCUGAGAUCCACGUGAAUGUAAAUGUUCAUUCUGCUCAGUCUUUUGCCAUGCAAAUAUCCCUUAUCAGGCAGGAUCUGGCCUGCCCUCUGGAACUAGGGCCUUCUUCCUUGUGUUAGCCAGUGCCUUUCAUUGCCAGACUGCACAGUCUUCUGAGGAAGGCUGUAACAGCCCCACCUGUCCCCUUUGGCCUUUCCCAGGCCUUUCCUGGGCUCCUCCAGGAGCUCCUGGGGCUGCCUCCAUGCUCCCAUCAGGGUGAGGUGGCCAAGCAAAGAGUGGAGCUCGUGGCACAGCAGGUGUGGGCUGACUGGUGCCCACCACGAGCUGGUGGGAGGGAGCUGCCACCUUAAGAGACACUGGGGACAGGGCAGGAGGGUCCAUCCUCUUCAGCAGCAAUGGAGAUGCAUGUCCAACAGCACCUGUGGAUAGUCCUCUUGGGAUCAAGGGAGCACCCUGGGGAGCAAGGGUCCAAAGUGAUGAUUCUCUAUCCAAGUGACCCCUGCAGUUUCCUUCACCUUUCUUACAAGUGUGUGGUAGUCUCCUGGAUCCUUUUUUCUCCAUGUCAUGUGCCAGAUGUGGUUAUGAAGAAACUAGAUGGCAUGAUACGUGAUGGGAUUAGGCCCUUUGCCCUUAAAGGGUGGGAAGUAGGUAGACUUUUCUCUAAACUCAGUGUUUGGGUUUCUUUGUAGAUCAAGCUUUCUGGUAGUCUGUAUGGGGACUCCUUUAUUGCCUGUGGCCUUUGCAGCAUUUUACUUUGAAAAAAAUAGGUGGGUUUAUUCCUUUAAAAAAAAAAAAAGAGAACAUAAAGUAUCUUACACUUGGCUCUCCUAAAGAUACCUGCACCUGGCUUUUAUGAUGUGCAUAACCAGUAGGGUGGGAGAGACUGGGAGUAGCUUGGGAGACUGUGGAGCACUUAAUGCCUGUGUGGAGGCUACUGCCUGUGGCUGAAUUGGCUCAUUUCUGUGAAGCCAGAACAAGAACCACCUUGCCAGGGGCUUGGGUGUGCCGUGUAUGUGAGAGCACCUUGUCACAGGCACAUCUGCAAAACUUUCUUACUUUCCCAGGAUUUCCUUCCCCUUUUCCCUGCCCCACAAGGGGGGGUGUCUGACACUAUCUGCUCAGGAAACUCAUGUCUUAAUUUUGUUAAAUCCUUUAACACAUGGAGAACCAGACAGAAGCGGUAUGUGCUCGCUCUGGGUCUGCUUCCUCAUCUUUGUGCUGUAGUUCCAUGCUGCCUUUUCUGCCUGCUGCCAAAAAGGACACUGUCAACGGGGGCCAACUCCUACAUUAAAUGUUCUUCCCUAUGUCAGCAGCGUGAAUGUUUUGCCUGAUGAAAUCAAGGAAAGGACUUGGCCUCUCAAAUGGUCUCUUUAGAGACGCAACCUGUUUAGAGGUGAGAACAGACUAAAAGGGGGAUCAUGACUCCUGAAUAUUCCCUGUUCAGGUAUUUUUAAUGAGAUUUUUUAGGGUCUCUCUUGUUCCCCUCUCCAUGCAAAGUCAGGGGACCACUGUCAUAUCUACCUCACUGGGGUGUUGUGAGGCUAAACUCAACUUGCUAUCAAGUGCUUUGAGAUCCACAGGUGAAUCUGUGGCAUCUAUAGGAAUUCAAACUCUUUAAAAAAAUACUGAGCGGUGAGAGCAGACUGGUUUGUUUAACUGUGUUUAUAGCCAGCUAAUGAGUAAGAGUCGAGUCAUAGGGAAUGAAGCUCUGGUCCAAUUCCUGCAGCCUUUGCUUCUGCCGAGCUUGCCAAGAGUUGAGCAUAAAUACAACUUGUAGGGUUUGUCAGCCAAGUGGAGGCUGUUUUUCCGAAUGCCUCUCCUAUCCUGCACUGUCUCCUUGCACAUAUUUUCCCUCCUCUCUCCCAGUCUGGAUAUUUUUACCUGGCUGGGAAUUGUGGGGGGAUUUUUUAGAAUUCAAGUGUUUUUUUAAGACAACCCUGUUUGUGACGAAAUGGACAGUGUCCCCCUCAGAGGAGAUCCUUGCACUGGACAUCCUUCCUUGGAAGCUGAACCAUUCAAUAGGGUGCUGUGUUGUCUAACCAGGGGUGGUGGUGCCCCACUCCUCCCUUCCACGUUGGCGUGGUUCCUGUGAUUCUCAAGUAUGCUGCUUGAAUACUUUUAAGGCUUUGGUUUUUAGCUCUCAGAUUUGUUACAGCCUAAAUCCAAGGCCAUGCUGAGAUCUUGCAAAACCAGAUGCAGCUCAGACUUUCCAAGUGUUCCAGAGCAGAUGGAAAUGGCUGUGGGUUUCCACAAAGGCUGGCUUUCUCUUUCAUGGCUAAAAAGUGAAAGAUUUGGAUUUCUUGCAGUUUAUCAGAGCAUAGGGGCAGAUAUUAGACCCAUACUACUUUGCCAGUCUUGUAAAUAGGCAUGGGCAAAGGUUUUAGCACAUCUGUUGGCCUCUCAUUGCCAUGUGGCUUCAGCCAUCCAUGUGUAGGCUCUGUGGGGCUGCCCCAGUUCUCAGACUCCUUUCGCAUUCCUGGGAAGCAGACAGCACUCUUGAAAGUAUAAGCACUGUAGGACUCCCCUCCAUAGUGUACCAGCCCUUGACCAAGCUCCUGUAAUCAGCUUGGGGAGGUUGGCUGUUACCAGUUUUCACCCUGCAGAGGGGAGACAUUGCCAUCCACGCCCCCCUGUAGACAGCAGGGUAGCUGGGGAGAGAUGCACUGGGCAUGAAAAGCUGGUGUGAUGCAGCUUGAUCACAGAGCAAAGUCACCUCCUGCUUCAGGGGUUGCCCUGGUGCCUUCAAGAGCAAUGUCCCCCUCCCCCCAGAGGAGGGUACUGGAGAGAAAGGCAGAUCUGAUUUCAGCUUCUGCCAGCUAUUUCUCUGACUUCUGCCUCUAAAAAUUUUUUCUGCCAGCAAAGUGAGUCUCUCCAGCUUCCAUCCUCACUUCUGUGCAUUUUUUCACCCCAAAGUUCCUUAGUGAGGCACAACAAGUAUCUGCUGGGAAGGGAGGUGCUGAGACUGCAGUUUAGAGCUUGGGGGCAACUCACAGUAAGCUCAAGUUUGGGGAGAUCUGAACAAAUACUGUCCCUCAUAGAACCUCCUAACCUUUUCCUUUGGAAUGGAGAUAUCUGUGCAAAACGUUGGGAAUCUGCUGUAUGUCAAAAGGUGAAGGGAAGGAGUUUCUGGAGCUGACCCUGCCCCACAUAAUUAGCUUUGAAAAGUCUUGUUUGAGAUGUGCUCACUUCCAACACUUGCUGCUGAAGAAACUGGAAAGAUCCAUAACUUGCUAAACAUGGAAACCUGUUGAAACCAAUUUCAUCUUGCUUACCAAAAUGUGUAAAUCUGCCCUUUUUCAAAGGUAGAACAAAAGUCUUGCAGUCUUUUGCAAAAUUGCUGUAGUCUGGCUCCUCAGUUGUGCUCAGUUCUGCCCAGCCGUAUAAGAGCUGUUCACAAGACGUGUGUGCAGGUGUCUGUUUUCUCAUUCAGCUUGUGUGUGUGUCUUAUGUGCUUUUUCCCUUCUAGGUAUGUGCAUUAUACAUGUCUCAAGCCUCAGGCCAGGCUUGGUGGUUUAGUGUUUAAACUGUGUUAAGAAGGAAGUGCUCUUGGAAUUGAGCUGAUUUUAUAGAACAAACAAACAAAAAAAGGUAAACCCCCAAAUUUCUCUUCUAAAAGAGAUGACUUUGGGCCAUGACGUCUCCUACAGGAGUGUGCAUCCUCCUGCCCUCAGGCUGCUGCCUCCAAUAGAGGAUGACCAAAAGUUGCCGUUUCUGACAACUGUGACCGGUGUGGAUCGCUUUGGGAUGCUCUGGAGCCAGGUCCUCGCCACCCCAGCGGUACAGCUGGUGUUAUCCACCCAUCUUUGUCCCUCCAAGAGACUGCAUUUUUUAUCCCUGUAGCACACGGAAGCCCUGCAGGCAGCAGGCAGCCAGCCCCUCUGCCCAGAGAGGGAAUCCUUCCUUCCCUCUGGCUGCUUCUUGGGCACCUCUCACCAGCACCUAAGGAUGCUUGGGGCCAUCUCCUGUGUGCGCAGUGGGAGAUGCUGUGGCUCGCUACCUGCACAGGCAUGACUGUGAAGGAAUCUUACACUCUUCUGUGCCUGUUUCUUUGAUUCAGCAUUAUUGUGUCUUGGGGAAGGGGGUGGGGGUGGAUGCUCUUCCCUCACCCUCCUUUAUCACUGUGUAAUACUUUUUCUACACACACUGUAUAGUAAGAAAGGUUUUGCCAAGGUUUUCUAAUUAAUAGACACUAACCAGCAUUUCUUUCUUUUUUUCCUCUUCUUUGCACAUGUAACUUUAACUGCAAUGGUACAUGGUCUUUCUGUUCUUUUCUAAUCGUGGACUUAAGUAAGCAAAUUCCUGUUCUCUGUGACAUUAAUGCACUGUGGGUCUAGCCUUGUAAAUUGUUCUGUUCCAAGCUGGGUUCUCUUAAGUUAUAGCUGGAUGGGGUUUUGUUGUUUUUUAAACUGAAACAUAAAACCGUUUUACACUUUGCAUAUUUUGUACAGUAAAAUGCUGGAAAUAAACUGAAACCAGAUUU